AUGAUGUCACUGACCAAAGUAGUUCUGGUUGGCGCCAGUGGUAACAUUGGGGCCGGUGUGCUCCCGCUCCUGCUGAAAUCCGGACUUGACAUCACAGUCCUCAGUCGUGAGGGCUCACCUGCAACUUUUCCAAAGGAAGCCAAGGUUAUCAAAAGCGAUUUCAGCGAAGAGUCACUCGUACAGGCGCUGAAAGGUCAAGAUGCCGUCGUUAGCAUGCUCCCGAUCAUUGCACUUGGAGAGCAGGCAAAAGUAGCCGAAGCUGCCGUCAAGGCGGGAGUCAAGAGAUUCAUCCCCAGCGAAUAUGGGUCUGAUUCUUCGUCUGGGGAUGUUAUCGCAGCCGUGCCAUUCUUCCAGCCCAAGAAGGCUCAGUUGGAUUGGUUAGCAACCCAGGAAGACCGCAUCAGCUGGACCGCCAUUAUCACCGGCCCUUUCUUUGACUGGGGUUUGAAGCAGGGUAUGAUGGGCUUCGACUUGCCAAACAAAAGCGCCACCCUGGUGGACGGUGGCAACACCCGCUUCACGACGAGCACCGUAGCGCAGAUUGGACGUGCCAUCAUUUCAGUCCUGAAGCAUCCCUCCGAGACUAAAAACCAGUUAGUCUUUGUUGAGUCUUUCACGACAACCCAGCUCGAGGUUCUGGCGGCCUUGCAGAAAGCGACUGGGAAGGAAUGGGAAGUCAAAGAGGAGAGCUCCGAGAAUAUUAGACUAGAGGGAUUUAAGAAAGUGGGUGAAGGCGAUAUCAUGGGAGGGGGAGCUUUAGUGAUUUCGGCGUUGGUGCUAGGUCGCGAAGGGCUUGAGGACCAUACUAUCGUUGAGGGUGGCAUUUGGAACAAGAGGCUGGGUCUGAGCGCAGAGAGUAUUGAAGAGACGGUGAGAGAAAUCCUGAUAUAG